CUUUCCGCCCGCCCAGCUCCCUGGGGACUCUGGCACUGGGGGGGUGGAGAGAAGAACCAGAGAAGGAGGACAGCCCGUGCAGAGGCACGGCCGGUACCCAGGCACGCCUGCAGGACAGCGGCAUCGUGGCUGCUGCAGCGCGCAAAGGCUGUGGAGGGGCUUACGGCUCCCGGCCCGCGGGUCCCAGACCCAGGGGCUGGGCUCCGAGGCCCCUGCCCAAGACCCAGGCGGGCUACGCUAUGCUGCGCUACCUGCUUAAAACACUCCUACAGAUGAACUUGUUCGCGGACUCCCUGGCCGGGGACAUCUCCAACUCCAGCGAGCUACUCUUCGGCUUCAACUCCUCGCUGGCAGCCCUCAACCCAAGUCUGCUUCCUCCUGGAGACCCCUCUCUCAAUGGGUCAAGAGUUGGACCAGAGGAUGCCAUGCCACGCAUCGUGGAGCAGCCGCCAGAUCUGCUGGUUUCCAGGGGCGAGCCGGCUACUCUGCCCUGUCGUGCUGAAGGCCGGCCUCGACCCAACAUCGAGUGGUACAAAAAUGGGGCGCGCGUGGCGACUGCACGGGAGGAUCCGCGUGCUCACCGUCUGCUGCUGCCCAGCGGCGCCCUCUUCUUUCCCCGCAUUGUGCACGGGCGUCGCUCUCGGCCUGACGAGGGUGUCUACACCUGUGUGGCUCGCAACUACCUGGGAGCAGCGGCUAGCAGAAACGCCUCUCUGGAAGUAGCUGUCCUCCGUGAUGAUUUCCGGCAAUCGCCUGGGAACGUGGUGGUAGCGGUGGGGGAGCCAGCAGUAAUGGAAUGUGUACCCCCUAAGGGUCACCCAGAGCCUUUGGUGACCUGGAAGAAGGGCAAUACAAAGCUUAAGGAAGAGGAGGGAAGGAUCACAAUCCGUGGAGGAAAGCUGAUGAUGUCACACACGUUCAAGAGUGACGCUGGCAUGUAUAUGUGUGUAGCCUCCAACAUGGCUGGAGAACGAGAGAGUGGGGCAGCUGAACUUGUGGUACUGGAGCGUCCCUCAUUUCUGCGUAGACCAAUAAACCAGGUUGUCCUGGCUGAUGCCCCUGUGAAUUUCCUGUGUGAGGUGCAGGGAGAUCCCCAGCCCAAUCUACGCUGGCGCAAGGAUGACGGGGAGCUGCCCACUGGCAGGUAUGAGAUUCGGAGUGACCACAGCCUUUGGAUCGAACAAGUGAGCUCUGAAGACGAGGGGACGUACACCUGUGUGGCAGAGAACAGUGUGGGCCGUGUAGAGGCAUCUGGCUCCCUCAGUGUUCACGUUCCACCACAAUUUGUGACUAAGCCCCAGGACCAGACAGUAGCUCCUGGAGGAAAUGUGUCAUUCCAAUGUGAGACCAAAGGAAACCCUCCACCAGCCAUCUUCUGGCAGAAGGAAGGGAGUCAAGUCCUGCUUUUCCCUAGUCAGUCACUCCAGCCCAUGGGACGCCUCUUAGUCUCUCCAAGAGGCCAGCUCAACAUCACUGAAGUAAAGAUCGGGGAUGGUGGCUACUAUGUAUGCCAGGCCGUCAGUGUGGCUGGUAGCAUCCUAGCAAAGGCCCUGUUAGAGAUAAAAGGAGCCUCCAUAGAUGGGCUACCUCCCAUCAUUCUCCAGGGACCAGCCAAUCAGAGCCUGGUACUUGGCUCUUCUGUGUGGCUGCCAUGCAGAGUGAUCGGAAACCCCCAGCCCAACGUCCAGUGGAAGAAGGAUGAGAGGUGGCUGCAGGGGGAUGACUCACAGUUCAACUUAAUGGACAAUGGCACUCUACACAUUGCCAGCGUACAGGAGAUGGACAUGGGUUUCUACAGCUGUGUGGCCAAGAGUUCCAUAGGGGAGGCCACAUGGAAUAGCUGGCUUAGGAAGCGAGAAGAUUGGGGAGCAUCACCAGGUCCAGCAACAGAACCCAGUAACCCUCCAGGGCCUCCCUCUCAGCCAGUAGUCACAGAAGUAACCUCAAACAGCAUUACCUUGACCUGGAAGCCCAAUCCACAGUCUGGGGCCAUGGCUACCUCCUAUGUGAUAGAGGCCUUCAGCCAAGCAGCUGGCAGCACAUGGCGGACAGUGGCCGAUGGGGUGCAACUGGAAACUUACACCAUCAGUGGCCUGCAGCCCAACACCAUCUACUUAUUCCUAGUGAGAGCCGUUGGAGCCUGGGGCCUCAGUGAACCCAGUCCUGUCUCUGAGCCUGUUCAAACCCAGGACAGCAGCCUCUCUAGGCCAGCGGAGGACCCGUGGAAAGGCCAGCGAGGACUAGCGGAAGUGGCCGUGCGAAUGCAGGAGCCCAUCGUCCUUGGGCCCAGAACUCUGCAGGUUUCCUGGACUGUGGAUGGUCCAGUCCAGCUGGUGCAGGGAUUCCGUGUGUCUUGGAGGAUUGCAGGCCUUGACCAGGGAAGUUGGACAGUGCUAGACCUACAGAGUCCACACGAGCAAAGUACUGUGCUAAGAGGACUGCCCCCAGGGGUCCAAAUCCAGAUCAAGGUGCAAGUUGAAGGCCAGGAGGGGCUAGGGGCUGAAAGCCCUUUUGUGACCAGGAGCAUUCCUGAGGAGGCCCCCAGUGGCCCCCCUCAGGGAGUGGCUGUGGCCUUGGGGGGUGAUCACAAUAGCAGUGUCACUGUAUCCUGGGAGCCUCCAUUUCCCUCCCAGCAAAAUGGGGUCAUCACUGAAUACCAGAUCUGGUGUCUGGGUAAUGAAAGCCGAUUCCACCUCAAUCGAUCUGCAGCAGGCUGGGCACGCUCUGUGACGUUCCGCGGACUGCUACCGGGCCUGCUCUAUCGAACUUUGGUGGCAGCAGCUACCAGUGCUGGUGUGGGCGUGGCCAGUGCCCCACUGUUAGUGCAGCUGCCAUUCCCUCCGGCGGCGGAGCCUGGGCCUGAGGUCAGCGAGGGGCUGGCGGAACGGCUGGCUAGGGUGCUGCGGAAGCCUGCUUUCCUGGCUGGCAGCAGCGCAGCCUGCGGGGCGCUGCUACUAGGGCUCUGCGCCGCCCUCUACCGGCGCCAGAAGCAGCGCAAAGAGCUCAGUCACUAUACCGCCUCCUUUGCCUACACACCGGCAGUGUCCUUUCCACACUCAGAGGGCCUUUCUGGAUCCAGUUCCAGGCCACCCAUGGGCCUUGGCCCUGCUGCCUACCCAUGGCUGGCAGACUCCUGGCCCCACCCACCUCGGAGUCCCUCAGCUCAGGAGCCCCGGGGGAGCUGCUGCCCCAGCAAUCCUGAUCCAGAUGAUAGAUACUACAAUGAGGCAGGAAUCUCCCUGUACUUGGCUCAGACUGCACGUGGUGCUAAUGCCUCUGGUGAGGGUCCUGUCUACAGCACCAUUGACCCAGUAGGGGAAGAGCUGCAGACCUUCCACGGAGGGUUCCCUCAACAUUCUUCUGGGGACCCAAGCACCUGGAGCCAGUAUGCUCCUCCGGAAUGGAGCGAGGGGGACAGUGGAGCCAGGGGAGGCCAGGGGAAGCUUCUGGGAAAGCCUGUACAAAUGCCAUCUUUGAGCUGGCCAGAAGCCCUGCCACCGCCUCCCCCUUCCUGUGAGCUGAGCUGUCCAGAGGGGCCUGAGGAGGAGCUGAAGGGCAGUUCAGAUCUAGAAGAGUGGUGCCCACCAGUGCCUGAGAAAAGCCACUUGGUUGGGUCAAGCUCCAGUGGUGCGUGCAUGGUGGCUCCAGCCCCAAGGGACACACCCUCCCCUACUUCUUCUUAUGGACAGCAGUCCACAGCCACUCUUACCCCCUCACCUCCUGAUCCUCCCCAACCCCCUACUGACAUCCCACAUCUCCAUCAGAUGCCCAGGAGAGUGCCCCUCGGGCCAAGUUCUCCUCUCAGCGUAUCCCAGCCCGCUCUGAGUAGCCAUGAUGGAAGGCCUGUUGGCCUGGGUGCUGGCCCCAUAGUCUCCUAUCAUGCUAGCCCCAGUCCUGUCCCUAGCACAGCCAGCAGUGCACCAGGGAGAACCCGCCAGGUAACUGGAGAGAUGACUCCCCCACUCCAUGGACACCGUGCUCGAAUCCGGAAGAAACCCAAGGCUCUUCCCUAUAGAAGGGAGCACAGUCCCGGGGACUUGCCCCCACCACCCUUGCCACCACCAGAGGAAGAGACAAGCUGGCCCUCGGGUCUUCGGGCAGCAGGCAGCAUGUCUUCCCUAGAGCGAGAGCGCAGUGGGGAGAGGAGAGUGGCGCAGGCAGUGCCUCUAGGGGCCCAGCGUGGGCCCCACCCAGAUGCUGCACUUCUGGGUUGUUCUGCGGAAGAGGCCUGGCUUCCAUACGGCAGACCAAGCUUCCUGAGCCAUGGCCAGGGCACCAGCACCUGCUCUACCGCUGGUAGCAAUUCUUCUAGGGGUUCCAACAGCUCUCGAGGUUCUCGGGGCUCUCGGGGCCCUGGACGCAGCCGGAGCCGGAGCCGAAGCCAGAGCCAGAGCCAGAGCCAGAGCCAGAGCCAGAGGCCAGGACGGAAUCGCCGAGAGGAACCAAGAUGACCCUUCACGAGGCAAUGAGCUUAUUGAAGGCUCCACAGUGCAAGAAUGUGAACCCCUUCCCUGGUCAACAGAUGUGGGCCAAGAAGAGCAAGGAUGGGCAGACUUUCCUCCCAGCAAUGAUGCUUGUGACUCCCUGAAGCACACUGUCUGCAACAGCUUCAGUUGUCUUGGGAAUCAGAGAACUAGCUCUUUGCUUUCCACCUCUUUCUGACUGAGACAUGUUUGUACAAAAGGAAAAAGCCUCCGAUCUGAGUCCUGGCCCCUGCUUGUUUUGUGCAGUGUUGUAAGUAGAGCAGGCUAUGAAGGUCUGUAGUCUCAAUACACACUGGUAGCUUCU